AUCGCGAUGUUUGGACACAGCUGACCGCUGCCUGCUAGAAGAAAUAAACCAGGCUAGGCUAGCAGGACCAAUAGUUAGCAGCGCAGGCAGCAGGAGUACAGUCAAUGUAAAGUAAUGAGGACCGCGGAGACCGGACAGCAGCGAGUGUUUUACCUCCAGAGAUGCAGACGCUGAGUGUCGUAACCAGCUAACGUGAUCCCGACGCACAGGGGCUGAUAUCCAUGGCACGACCAAUCGACGAUAAAUAAACGGCGACAUCAACAGGAACGGGUUAGCUUGGUUUCAAUGUUAUUGUUAAUUCAAACCCACAUAUGGUCACAAUGUCCUGGUCUAGAAACCUGGUUUGGGAUGUAAAUCAACGUUUAAUUGGAUACAACGAGCCUAACACCAUCAGGACCAACUACUUAGGUAGAAGAGAGUUUGUUCAGAGACUUAAACUUGAAGGGACGCUGAACGUACAUGAUGGCUGUGUCAACACUAUAUGCUGGAACGACACCGGUGAAUAUCUCCUGUCGGGGUCAGACGACACCUUUUUGGUUAUCUCCAACCCGUACAACAAAAAGGUCAAGAAGUCAAUACGUUCAGGUCAUCGGGCGAAUAUCUUCAGCGCCAAGUUCAUGCCCCACACUAACGAUCAGGAGAUCAUCUCCUGCUCUGGAGACGGCAUCAUCUACUACACCAACACAGAGAAGAGUCCCGAGCACAACAGACAGUGUCAGUUCACCUGCCAUUAUGGAACAGCCUACGAGAUUAUGACGGUACCAAAUGACCCCUACACGUUCCUGUCGUGUGGGGAGGACGGCACGGUGCGGUGGUUUGACCUCCGCACAAAGACGAGCUGCACGAAGGAAGACUGCAAAGAUGACAUCCUGAUAAACUGUCGAAGGGCAGCGACCUCUAUUUCCAUUUCCCCUCUGGUGCCGUACUACCUGGCUGUUGGCUGCUCUGACAGCUCAGUGCGGAUCUACGACAGACGCAUGCUGGGCACCAGAGCGACAGGUAACUACAUGGGCCGGGGCACGACGGGCAUGUGCGUGAGGUUUGUUCCCGCUCACCUGUCCAACAAGUCGUGUCGCGUGACUUCCCUCUGCUACAGCGAGGACGGUCAGGAGGUGCUGGUCAGCUACUCCUCCGAUUACAUCUACCUGUUCGAUCCCAAAGAUGACCAGGCCCGAGAGCUGAAGGGCCCGUCAGAGGAGAGGAGGGAGGAGCUGAGGCAGCCUCCAGUGAAGCGCCUCCGUCUACGAGGUGACUGGUCUGACACUGGACCCCGAGCUCGUCCUGAGAGUGAGAGGGAGAGGGACGGCGAGCAGAGCCCGAACGUGUCCCUGAUGCAGAGGAUGUCGGACAUGUUGUCUCGUUGGUUUGAGGAGGCCAGCGAAGCUCAGAGCAGCAGAGGAACUCGGCCUCAGACACGACCCAGAGCUAUCCGUCCAGAAGCGGCGUCGAGUACUCCAGCGGCCCCCGCAGGAGGCUCAAGUCAGGAGUCCAGCGUCCCUGAGAGGCCCGCGGGGUCAACCGCGCAGGAGGUACCUGCCGGUCCCGAGGUCGCCGCUGCCGCUAUCCCUAAAUCCACUUCCUCUUCCUCCUCAGGCUCGUCAUCAACAGUCACAGCACUUCCUCCUUCCACCUCCUCAUCGGUGGAGAGCUCGGCUCCUUCCUCCUCCCCACUCACCUCCUCGCCUGACUCAGAGCAGAGGAGUCAGGCCGACACGACCGGGACCUCCGCGCCUACGCCGACACCCACACCCACCUCAGAACCUGCUCUCUCAGAGUACGGUCCUCAUCGGCUGCCCAUAAGUUUAGUGUGUAGGCGUUUGCAGAGGUUACUUCGGCUGGCCGACCCACCAGGACUGGGUCAGCGAGCGGCCCGUUCUUCUUCUUCUUCCUCCCCUGCAGCCACUGAGAGGCAGUCCCAAAGAGCUGCUACUACUGCUGUCGCUGCCACUGCUGCUGCUGCUGAGACGCGACCCCUUCCAGAUUCCCCCUCGUCUGUGGUAAACAAACAGCUGGGAUCCAUGACUCUUGAUGAACAGCAGGGAGCAGCAGCAGAAGCGGCAGGUUCACCUCCCGCUCAACCUGUUUCUGUACCAGUCAGCACCAGCGCACCCACCACCUCCACCACCAUGACCGGCACCAGUCGACCCAGUGCAGCAGAGCCCGUCCUCAGCCUGCACUACAGCUCAGAGGGAACCACCACCAGCACAAUCAAGCUGGACUUCACUGAUGAAUGGAGCAGCAGCACAUCCAGCUCUAUGGGCAGUGGAGGUCCCAAAGCGUCUGAGACUGCGGCUGUGCGGAGCAGAGAGACUCUGUCGACGGAGAGUUCAGUGUCAGAGCCACCUCCGUCUGUGUCCCCGGGGCAGCCGAGCAUCCCGGCCGCCUCCACAGAGCCGCCGUGUAGCGCCUCCUGCUCCGGGGCCCUCGGCAGCUCGUCGGCUCAGGCCCCAGCGGCGGGCUCCUCUCAGGGGGACACCGUGGCUGCUGCUUCGCUGGUGGAGAGGAGUCAGCCGGAGGGUGCCGAGGACACGUCGGGAGGCUGCAGGAGAGCAGAGCCCAGAGCGGAGGAGGAAGAGGAGGGCCAGAGCCAGCCUGCACGGGAGCCUGCACGGGAGCCUGCACAGGAGCCUGCACGGGCCCACCAGGACUCUGACGACAGCGACGACGACCCGAUUCUCAUCCCGUCCACGAGGUUCAGAGGUCAGGGACAGAGAUUAAAUUCCAGAGGAUCUGCAGUAGGAGAUAGGAUGAUCAGACGCUCAGCUGCCGCUCGUAUCCAGGAGCUGUUUCGCAGGAGGAAAGAACGACGGGAGAUGGAGGAGAGCGAGACACAGAAUAUCAGGAGACCCUCAGUCAAGAUGGUCUACAAAGGCCACCGCAACUCCAGGACAAUGAUAAAGGAGUCCUGUUUUUGGGGGAACAACUUCGUAAUGAGCGGCUCAGACUGCGGCCACAUCUUCAUCUGGGACAGACACACUGCAGAGCACCUCAUGCUGCUGGAAGCCGACAACCACGUGGUGAACUGCCUGCAGCCGCACCCGUACGACCCCAUCCUGGCUUCUUGCGGGAUUGACUACGAUAUCAAGAUUUGGUCGCCACUGGAACAAUCGCCAUCUUUCAACAGAGUCCUCGCCAAUGAGGUAAUAGCUCGGAACGAGCUGAUGCUGGAAGAAACGAGGAACACAAUCACGGUCCCGGCCUCUUUCAUGCUCCGAAUGUUGGCCUCCCUUAAUCACAUCAGAUCAGAUCGACUAGAAGGCGAUCGCUCCGAAGGUUCGGGACAGGAAAAUGAGGACGAGCAGUAGCCUGCUGGCAUUUUAUUUUAAAGAAAACACUAUUUCUUCUUGCUGUAUAGCACUUGAAAAAAAACUGAGAUUUGUACAAGUAUAGUGUAGAAUACUUCCUUUUGAAAAUUAGUGUCAUUUCUAGCCCCCCGUGUUUUUUUAAGAUGACUUUCUUACUGAUGUUUCUGUAUGAGGAUAAAGUACAUCUGUGUGAAUGCAAAAGGCAACGACGUCAGUAUAUAUAUAUAUUAAGUGUGAGAAUAAUGGCGGCUGGUGUGCAAGGAUGUUAAGUGCAAUAUUAUUUUGUUAGGAGAGAGUGAGCUUUGAUCAGUGUUAACGUGUGACAUUUUGAAAUUGUAGCACAAAGCUAAGAAAUGUUGAUGUGCUGCUCCGGCAGUUACGCAUGUAAACAAGGACUUUAAGUAAAAACAUACUUGGAGAUUGCUUUAAUUUUAUUGUUGAAUAAAAUAAGAGAAACAAA